AUUAGAAAACGGACACUCCAGCUCAUCUAUGCACACGAGGUCCCCUGCCCUGAAGCUGAGGAUUACAUUUUGCAUUGUGCAACAAUUUUGCUUCGUUUUUUUUCACCCCUCCACUCAACAUUUUUGCCCAUUUUUUUCUGCUCACAAAGUUCUGUCUCCCUAGAUUGUAUUUGGAAUUAUAGGUCAAGUUACCACUCUCUCAAAAGGACUGCUGAAAGUCGGGAGCGGGCAUACGAUCACAGUGCCUACGGACAUCACGAGCGUCCUGGUAGCAGUUUCGACCGCCAGCGGCACUACGAAACAGACUAUUAUCGGGAUGCGAGAGAAAGGACUCUAAGCACAGCGGGGAGUGGGUCUGGAACCUCCAGUGGAAGCAGUACAACAGUGUCGUCGGGAGUUGUUGGAACUAUCGUUAGCGCCGUUGCUGUCAACGCGGGAACAAGUGGGCCAACAGGGGCCGCGACGGGAGGUAGCGGAGGAUCUACAUCCAGCGCGGUCGGCUUCUACCGAUCCCACAGCAGGAGCCCAUGUCGCUUUGAGACGCCCGAGUCUCGCUACGAGUCUCGCACCAGGGAACCUUUCACUUUGGCCAGUGUGGUUCACAGGGACCUUUACCGGGAGGACAGGGGUCGGCGCGGGGAGCGGUCGUACCGCCACAGUCGCAGCCGAUCGCCGCACUCAACGCAUUCGCGGAACCCCUCUCCUCAGAGACUGGCGAGUCAGGCAACCCGUCCGGCGCGCUCCAACAGUGGGUCAGGCUCCCGCAGUCGCUCCUCCAGUUCCGACUCGGUCAGCAGUACCAGCAGCAGCACGAGUGGCAGUGAUUCUAGCAGUAGUUCAAGUGAUGACUCCCCGGCACGUUCAGUGCAGUCUGCUGCUGUUCCUGCGCCCUCAGCACUUCCUUUAUCCUCCCUUGACAAGGAUGAGCCACGUAAAAGCUUUGGCAUCAAGGUCCAAAAUCUUCCAGUGCGCUCUACAGAUACAAGCCUUAAGGAUGGUUUGUUCCAUGAAUUUAAGAAGCAUGGAAAGGUCACAUCUGUACAAAUCCAUGGAGCUUCAGAGGAACGCUACGGGCUUGUGUUUUUCCGCCAGCAAGAGGACCAAGAGAAAGCACUUGGAGCAUCAAAGGGGAAGCUUUUUUUUGGCAUGCAAAUUGAAGUCACAGCCUGGAGUGGCCCCGAGACUGAAAGUGAAAACGAGUUUAGGCCCUUGGAUGAGAGGAUAGACGAGUUUCAUCCAAAGGCCACACGUACGUUAUUCAUUGGAAACCUGGAGAAGACCACCACUUACCAUGACCUGCUCAAUAUCUUUCAACGCUUCGGAGAAAUAGUGGAUAUUGACAUUAAGAAGGUGAAUGGAGCUCCACAGUAUGCCUUCCUACAAUACUGUGACAUUGCCAGUGUGUGCAAGGCCAUAAAGAAGAUGGAUGGCGAGUACCUUGGUAACAACAGACUAAAGCUCGGUUUUGGAAAGAGUAUGCCUACGACGUGUGUUUGGUUGGAUGGAUUAGCAUCAAAUACAACUGAGCAGUUUCUCACACGUCAUUUCUGCCGCUAUGGACAUGUUGUCAAGGUUGUUUUUGACAGAAUGAAAGGAAUGGCCCUUAUCCUUUAUAACAACAUUGAAUAUGCACAAGCUGCUGUCAAAGACACAAAGGGGUGGAAGAUAGGGGGCAGUAAAAUCAAGGUGGACUUUGCCAAUCAGGAAAGUCAGAUGGCUUUCUAUCGUUCAAUGCAGGCAUCCGGCCAGGAUAUUCGAGACUUUUAUGACAUUCUCACUGAAAGAAGCAGGGAUGACCGACGAACUCAAUAUGAAUUUCAAGCAGAAAGACAAUAUUAUGAAAACGUAAGAACACCAGGAACAUUUACAGAAGAUCCACGUCGUAAAUACCCUGCUAGAAGCCGGGAGUUCUACACUGAAUGGGACCCAUAUCAAGGGGAUUACUAUGAUCCACAAUACUUUGAAGACCCACGGGAGUAUCGGGAAUACAGAGCUGACCCCUAUGAGCAGGACAUUCGCAAAUACAGCUAUUUGCAACGGGAACGUGAAAGAGAGAGGGAGCGAUUUGAAACAGAUCGUGGACGUGAUCAUGGGAGGAGGACCAUUGAGCGUAGCCAAAGCCCAUCUCACAUUGCCACUCGUCGCCCUGCCAGCCCCACUGCAUCUCCUUCACUUUCUGAGAGGAUACCAAGUGAUUCAGAUCGUCGUAUUUGCUGUCGAUCUUCUGACAGAAGUGGUAGCUGCAGUUCAGUUUCUCCGCCCAGAUUUGAAAAGCUUGAAAAAACCCGCUCUGAAAGGUAUAAUAAAUCUGAAAAACUUGAGAAGGAUCGGCUUUUUGAAGUUGAAAAAGGGAAUUUGGUUGAUAAGGAGAAGCGGGCUGGAUGUAAGGAUCGUGCGGACAAGGACAAAAGUGAGAAACAGAGGCUAAAGAAGCACAAAGUUGCAUCACCUAUUAUCCAAGCAUGUGAGACAGAACCUGAGCUUGAAAGAGAUGUUAGCCCUGAGUCUGUCCUUCGGAGUAAAAACAGUAAAAUUCCAAAGGAAAGCUUGAGCAAAGGAAGGAUAGACCUUUUGCCUUGUGUUGUGCAGUUAACACGUGUUAAAGAAAAAGAGGGAAAAUUGAUUGGUCAUGGUAUUCAUGAAAAACCGGUACAGAGGGGUGGGAAUGACAGUCCUAGAUUGGCAUCACCUCCAGCUGAACAGAGGAGUCCUCCAUUCCGCUCAGAACCAUCGAAAGGUGAUAACUCUAAGCAUGUAAAAGUGCCCAGAGACAAGAAUAUGCAAAGUUUGGUGGAAGUUAUUGACAAGGAUGCUAAAAUCAAAUCAAAAAAACAUGGAAAAUCUGAAAUUGGAUCUGAUAGUGGUAUUUCUGGGGAUAUUGACCGUUUAGCUGCAAGGAAAAGGCGCUUUGAAGAUUCAGGUAAAACUGAUCGACAAAAGAAAACUAGUGAGGAGGACCUUGGAAGACCUGGACUUCAUAAAUUAUGGAACAAUAUCAAGGAUACAGAUUUGGAUAAGAAUCUUUUGGUAAAAGGGAUGCAUAAAAAGGAACACCACAAGGAUAAAUGUAUGCGGAUGGUCCCAGUUAACAGUCCUAAAGAUGGACAAGACUGUGAAAGCAACCCUGUUGGCCUAUCUUUGGAACGUCAGUCACGGUCUGGGGAGCUAUCUGAAGAUUCUGCAGAUCAAUUAGAUUCUACCUACCUUAAAAUGGAUUUAGAUGGUUCAAAAAGUGAAAACUCCUCCAGUCUCACAAAGAUAUCAGAUGACGGCAGUCCAGAUCUGGAUGAAUUAAAGGAACAGAAACAGGGUUUGUUUGAAAAUGAACAAGGGAGAGGGAAGGUCAGAGACUCUGAUGACAGAGAUGAACACUUUGCACACAUUGACCCGGCUAAUAUUUGUACAAAAAAAACUGAACAGAUUCAAUGGCUUCGCCCCAAGCUUGGCGAUCCUGAUAAAUUAGUUAAGCUUGAAAACCCACCAAGUAAUGAGACUUGUGACUUUGAAAAGGAUUAUGUCUUGCAUGAUAUUGGAAAACCAAUUCAAGAUGUGGGCAAUGAUGACUUCUCCUCCUGUAAACGAAAGAAACUGGAGAAUUUUGACUUUGAAAUAGUGACCGCAAAAAGUGAGCGUAAUUUUGCAAGUUCACAAAAGUUGAACGAGGUCAUUUAUCAAAGUAUGACAUCCUCAGUAGGGAUCGGGCACUAUUCUGCAAAUGAGGAAGAUGAAACUGCCCCGAUUUCUGUGUCAGUUAUUAACAAGGAAAGAAAAUCCUCUCCAACAACAGAUGAUACAUUUUCACACACAGAGUCAAUAAAAAACAGCGUGAGCUUGACAUCCAGACAUUUGCAGUCUUCUGGCACUGAGCUACCAAAACUUAAGACAACCUUUCUUGGAUGUGAUGAAGAGUUAGUGCAACAAUGGGAAAGAAGAAUCAAGUCUGAUUCACAGAGAAUGGAAAUGACUUUCCCAAGUGAUAAUGCAAAACCAGAAAGUAUCCGUAAGUGCCUUGGCCAGGAUUUAGAACCUGGUGAGGUACAGUCUGAUUCCGAUGAUGACAUAGAAAACAAACGCAUAUCUCCCAAGUCCAAUAGCUCCUUGUCUUAUAUCCUCAGGGAACGUGACGAGAGAAUGACAGACCUUAAACUUUCAGGGUCCUUGGAAAAGAAUAAGUUUUAUUCUUUUGCAUUAGACAAAACUAUAACUCCUGAUACGAAAGCACUCCUUGAAAGAGCCAAGACGCUGUAUUCCUCCAGGGAAGAUAAUUGGUCCUUUCUUCCCUCACGCUUUCCAACCUCCCACAGCUGUUCAGAUAAGGACAAGGUAGAGUUAGCACCUCGACCUAUUCCUUCUUGGUAUAUGAAAAAGAAGAAGAUUCGUACUGACUCUGAAGAAAAGCUGCACAGUAAAAAGGAGGAACUGAAGCCACAGGACCAAGAGCGUCAGGAACUGUUUGCCUCUCGCUUCCUGCACAGCUCAAUCUUUGAGCAAGAUUCCAGGCGUUUGCAGCAUCUUGAACGUAAAGACCAAGAUUUAGAAACUGGAAUUGGAAGCCCUUUUGCUAAGCCAGGUGCUACUGAGUCGCAGCCUGAAUCCAGGGGAGGUGACAUCCCACAAGAGCCCAUAGUUCUUUUCCACAGUCGUUUUUUGGAGCUUCAGCAACAAAAGGACAAAGACCAUACCCCACCUGAUACUGAGGAUGAUUCAAUAGUGGCAGAGCUUAAAAGAGAUCAAGUUCAGAAUUAUGAAAAUGUGCUGUCUGAUAAGGAAUCUGAGCCACUGCUGAAGGUUGAAGACAAACCAGCCAGCCCCCAAUUAACUUUGUUGGUUUCGCCAUUUGUUCAUUCCCCUAAAGAAAUGUCUCCAGAGAAGAGAGAGUUUCUUACUCCACCCCCAGCUCAACCUAUGCCAAUUGUCAAAGAAGAAAAAGUUGAGUCACUUAUUGAGGUGUCUCCACCUCAUUCUCUUCCUAUGGAAGACUUCAAGUUAGUUGCUCCUAAGCUAACCAUAGCCUCUCCAGUUGGCCUCUCAGAACCAGAAAAGCAAAAGGACAUAAAAAUAGAGUCAAAUGAACCUAAACUAAAAAUGUGUGAUAGUUUUGUCAGUGGAACUAUUGUGGAAGAUAAGCCUCCCACUCCUGGUGGUUCCCUAAGUGGAUUUGAAAGAGAUAAUGCAGAAUCAGCUUAUUCUGACUAUCCAAAGAUUGAAGAAAAAUCUGAAAUUGAGUCACUACCCAAAGUAGAAAAUCAGGAAACAAAACACAUUGAGGAAUCAGAAAAGACUGAGACAGAUAGUGAGUCGUGUAUGCCAGAACUAGAAGCUGAAAUAAAACCAUUACCAAACCGCAGACAGACGAAGAGUAAAAGGGCAAAACCACUAUCAGUAUUGCGUAGCUCACAGACUUCCCAAAAUGUUGCUACUGAGAAACCUGCAACACGAAAGAGUGAACGGAUUGACAGAGAGAAACUCAAAAGGGCCUCAUCUCCUCGAGCAGAAGCACCAAAAGCACCAUUUGAAUCUAAGGCCACAUCCAAAUCACCAGUUCAUGCAUCAGACUCUGAACAGACCCUUGAGUCAAGUUUGAUACAUGGGAGGACACGUCGCAGGAAUGUACGGUCUGUCUAUGCCACACUGCAAGAAGAUGACCAAGCUGCCAAAGAGGUAGUUGAGUCAGCACGCUCCAUGCGCAAACGUACUGAUAAAGAACUGAUACAGCAAGAUGUUCAAAUUCCAACUACCAUUGCUAGGCGAGGACGUCCACCUAAGAGAGCCAUUAGACGAGGUGAGGAUGCCUCACCAGUGAAAGGGGAUCAGCAGAAAUUGAUGGAAGAAGAUGGAGAAGUUAAAGAGGCCACAAGUACUAUAGAAGUUGUUAAAGCCUCUGAAGGGUGGCGUUCACCCCGCACACAGAAGGUGCAACAAAUGCACCUAACUCAAUGUGCUCCACUUAACAAGAAAGGUAGUAGAACAGACAAACAGUCUGGCAGCACAACAGAGCCAGCUGAAGAAGCCGAUCUAGCAACUCAUGAGGAGUCAGAGCUUAAGCCUAAAGCUGAACCAGACUUCUUUAUAAAGUUACCUGAAACAACAGAAAAUGCAAGUCCACCAGUGCAAAGAAAGGAAAAAGAUCAAAAAGAUUCUGUUGGAAAGAAAUCUACUGAUUGUGAGAAUGUAGACACCAGCUCCUCUGAGAGAAGACAGUCUGAAAAAAGUGUUAAAAUGAAAACACCAAGGGUGAAAAGAAAUGCCAAGCAGAUCACUGAAGAUAAAUCACACAGCUUAAAGAAUCUUGAGAUCCGUGUAAGCGUUGAUGACGUAAAAGGUUUACUUCGUUCAGAGGACCGUGCGCCUGAGACAUUUGAAACUCCUGCUAUUACAAAAAUCAAAACAGUGGUAAAAGAGAACGAGGAAACCAAGGCAAUAGGCUUUCCAAAAGAAUCAAAAGAGCUUAACUUACAGGAGGACUCUCUAUUAGAGCCGGAAUUUCCUGCUGAUCCAGUUGCUACUCUGUUAGCACAGCAGAAAGAACUAGAGCAGGCAGUCGAAAAUAUUGCCAAACUUACAGUUGAACAACCUACUCGGCCAUACAAGGAACCACCAACAGGGCAACCUACCGUAUUGCCUCCUGUCAUAGUGGAGCCAGAAAGUGAGGUUGAGGAGGAAAAGCCAGCUAUUCCUGCAAAUGAAACUGAACUUGCGGCCGCUAUUGAUUCCAUUACAGCAGAAGAAACAUGUGCAGAUGCUGAUGGGUUCACAGCUCCUCCUACAUACACUGCUAUUAUUCCUACCCCUGAAUCUUUGAUAUCCCCCUCCUCUAAUGAGAUUAUGGAACCUCAAACACACAUGGCGAUCAACAAUAUUCUUGCAGCAGACUCCGAUGAUGGUCCCCGAACACCCAGCCCAAAGGGGCCGGUGACAGAAGUAAAUGCAGCUGAUCACUCCCCUCUAUUUGAAACACCCAAGAAAACAGGAAAAGUAAGAGCAAAAACCCCAAAGAAGUCAAGAAGUCGUAAAGGUGUAGCUAACAAGAAGGGGGAUAUUGUUGAAGAAGUUUCACAACCAGAACCCUCUCCAGUCAAGUUACCUGAGUCGAUCCCAGAAGACCCAGAAAUCAUUAAUUCAAAAGCAGUUACUGUUACAGCAGGAUCAACUGCGGCAGCCUCAGUGGUCACUGCUGUUGCAACUUGUAGGCGUGACGUCACGAGUUCUAUAAUUGUAGACACGCCCAAAGAGGCAGAACAGCCUGAGGUUGAACAGCCUGUACCCAAAGAAUCUGCGUUCCAUUCUGGCACAAGCAACAUCUCCAGUUGUACAAAGCAUCAUCAAGCAGCAGAGCCGUCUACCCCUACUCUUGCCCCUGCUCGCCCACAGGCUGUAUCCCAGUUCAGUGUACCCCUGCUGCGGCCAGCCAAAAUGCCACUUAUGCCUGACUGGCCUCAAAGAUCUGAAGAGAGUAGAAUCUAUGUUGCGCCUUCAUGUCAUGUUACCGUGGUAACUUCCUCUGUUCCAACAUCAACUACACUAGGUGGAACCCCUUCAACGAAUCCCCCAAUGCCCCCUGACACCAAGGCUUCAGAUAUUGACCCCAGUUCUAGUACCUUAAGAAAAAUUCUAAUGGAACCCAAAUACGUUUCUGCAUCGAACAGCAAUUCUAUACCUACCACAAUGGUGACAUCUGUACUGUCAGAUGCUUCACGGAUGUCAGAGAGUGAAAAUCGCUCUGAUACAGUUGGUUCAAGACCGUUGCAUUCAGAAGAGAGACCACCUUUCCCCAUCCAGCCCUUACACCACAAACCAUCUCCCCUGACCGAGUCCCAGCAGAACUGUGGAGAUAAGACCCAGCACACAAUUAUUUCUCCUGCUACCUCAGUAAUAAGUCGAAUUCCAAUACCUUACGAUACAGAAGAAACUCCACGAAUUUCCCUAAGCAACAGAAGCAUGGGCUUAUCUAUUCCAAAGCAAAAAUUUAGAUCAAACUCCAAUGAGAAUAAUCGCUACCAUGGCAUGGAUGUCAUAGAAGAUGGAACUAGAGGGCGCUCGGUUGUUGAGACCACUCCCUACACUACAGGCUCCGGUCCAGGCCUAAGGGUCAAUACAUCAGAGGGUGUUGUUGUUCUGAGUUAUUCAGGUCAGAAAACUGAGGGGCCUCAUAGGAUGAGAGCCAAGAUUAGUCAAAUCCCUCAAGCCAGUGCUGGCGAUAUAGAGUUUCAACAAUCGGUGUCCAAAUCUCAGAUAAAGCAAGAGCCACUAAUCACAUUGUCUCAGUCGCCUACCCCCAAAGUAGCUUCAACUCCUUCACCUUAUGGGCACACAGGGGUCCUCUUGACCAGCCAGUCCUAUAAUUCUCAACCUGUCAUUUCCAGUACCAAACAGGAGAGUCUUGGUGGUGACAAAUCUGAAACUCCAUAUCACACAGCAUCCCAGGGUGGUGUGGUAAAGAUGUUCCAACAGCCAGUUAGUUCUCCUCAAGUUUUGAUUUACAACCAAGCUGUGAUACAGCACCAGCAUGCCAAGAGAGGACUAGGGACAGAACCUCUACCAAAAAAGAUGGACAUUGGCAAAACUGUUCAGCAGUCUAACCUCAGCCCAGUAAUGAGUCCACACCACCCAUCGCUAUCUGGAACCCGCAUGAGCCCCAGCCCUGGCAUCCCAACUGAUCGGUCAGCUCUGCACCUUAAGCAAGAACCCCAGUCUCCACGAACAGCUGUUCACUCUCCUUCACCCUUUGCCAAAGGCUGUCCCCCGAGUGGUUCCCCUAUUGGAACUUCUGUUGUUCUGGGUCAUGGCAUGCCCCAAAUGUCUACAUAUCAUUCUAGUAUGCAUCACCCACACGCUGAACAGUCCUCUGUUAUUAUUCAACCUCACAGUGUCACACAGUCAAUGACUCAUGAAGCGAGGAUGAAUACCUCACCAAUGUCUGGUAUAAACUAUGGAAGGCGAGGUGACGCCCUGUCUUCUCCCCACCAAGGGCUUCCGCAGCGCUCAAACACACCACAGCCUAAUGUGAUCCGUGAUAUGGUACUCCAGUCACAUUCAAGUCCUCAAGGAUCAAUUUCAGGUGGUUGCAACAGCAGUAUAAAUGAAGAAGACCCCCGACACUUUAACCAAGCCCUUAGCAGACCAUCAGUGCCCCAGAUUCAGUCCGAUGUAAUGAUGAUUCACAGUGAUCACAGAGGGCUCCACUCAAGCAUACGCAUGGACCAGUACAGAGAUAUGCACCAGCGCAUGCUCAUGCACCAGCAACUGGGAGAGCAGGCUGCUGUAGAUGCAAGACAGUCACGCACCUCUGAGACUGGAACAUCUUCAAGCAACAUCUCUGGGCCUUCAAAGAGUCCUAUAGUGGGGAAGCCCAUCGAACUUUCCGCAAAAGAAUCACUCAAACCACCAGAAGGAAAGCUGAUACAUCCACCCACCAGUGAAAGUAGAAUCCGGGCGGUCCAUACAUCUAGUCCUGUCAUGGUGUCCCCUCACCCUCACGGGGUUCAGCUGAUGCACACCGGAGGCGCCGGCUCCUUUCCAGUAUAUCGGGACAUGCGGGGCUUCCCAUCUCAGUUUCCUGGACAUCCUUCGUCGGGACACAGCCUGGCUAAACAAGGAAUUGCAUCUUCACAGGUCCCUCCGGAGCCUGACCUGGGUCACAGGGGCAACAUGUCUCAGGCACACGGGGGAGGAAGUGAUUCCAAGCUUGAAGGUUCUCAUCUUCGCCACGCUACCUCUACUGACCUCUCCCAUAUUUCCAGAAUAACAGGGGAUACAGUCUCCCCCUCAUACCAGUCUCCCAUGGCAUCCCCCAUGAGUCUUACUCACAAGCCAGAUAUGUCUCUACAAAAGGGCCCCCCAGCCUUCUUGCCAGUACCUCAGCCCGCAGUACCUCCAUCAAGUUCACUGCAGUCACGGCCUGACGCUAAGCUGGAACAUUCAGGACACCGUUCCAUUGACAUGGUGCAGCUUUUGACGAAAUAUCCUAUUGUAUGGCAAGGCCUGUUGGCACUGAAGAACGACCAGGCUGCAGUCCAGUUGCACUUUGUUUCUGGCAACACUCUGCUUGCCCAGCGCUCUCUGCCGCCCCCAGAGGGAGGUCCUCUUCUCCGAAUUGUCCAAAGGAUGAGGCUUGAGGCUUCCCAGUUGGACAGCGUGGCACGCAGAAUGACUGUGGAGAAUGACUACUGUCUGCUACUGGCUCUACCCUGUGGACGAGACCAAGAUGAUGUCCUUGGUCAAACCCAAUUCUUGAAAAGUGGCUUCAUUACCUACCUGCAAGCCAAACAGGCAGCUGGAAUCAUCAAUGUGCCCAACCCUGGCUCUAAUCAGCCAGCUUAUGUGGUGCAGAUUUUCCCACCGUGUGAAUUCUCGGAGAGUCACCUUUCGCGCCUCGCACCAGAUCUUCUCAACAGCAUCUCCAGCAUUUCCCCUCACCUCAUGAUUGUCAUCGCCUCGGUUUAAUUAUCUCCCUUGUUUUUUCCUGAACAAAGCCAACACCAGCCCUUUUGGACUCGUCCCAGUUUCGUAAAACUGGAAUUGCCUCAUAUUUUUUAUGAGUUUGACUUAAAAAAAAAAAGAAAAGAAAAAAAUCUAAUUUAGCAUGCACUCAACUUUUCUCCUUCACUUCACCGAGUCCUUAAAUCGCCCAGUGACAAAGAAUUCCAAAAACGUUACCUUUUGUUGAGAAGAUAUGAAGGGUCAAACGGGGAUUUUCAUUUCUGAUUACUCAUUUCAUUUUUGCCAUUUUUGCAGGUGUUGUGCAUAGCCUUUUGUAAUUCAUAGCAUUCAUGAAGCUAUGGAUUGAGACCUUCCUAUGGGAUAUUUUUUACCUUCAUAAAAGUGAUUGUUUUUUUUGUUGUUUUUUUCUAAAGACAAACGAUGUGAGAAGUCAUUGCACUAUGUUAGGGAAAACAAUUGUGAACUGUACAGAUUUGAGUAUAAUAUGAUAUGUGUUACGGAAUUACUCUUGUAAUCAGCCAUGCUUUGCGCAAGAUAAAAGAGGAAUCAUUGCCUGGAAAAUGAUCAAGAAUCGCUUCGGCCUGAUCAGUCAUACUGCGUUUGCUCUGUCACCAUCAGCCAACUUCUACUUCAUUUCCGGACUCAACUCUCCAUCAUGAAGUGUUCCCUACCCCAGGAACUCAUGAGGGGAUGUCGAGAGUUGUACAGUUUACACUCAAUGCCUCAACAGGGGACUAUUAUAAAGAAUAUUUAAUUUGUUUAUUUUUGUUUGCAUCUUCUUUAAGCCUAAGGGUAUUGUGGACAAUUGUGAAACUGUAAAUAUUAUAAAUAUUUAAAGACUGAAGCAAUGUCGAGAGACCAAGUGAAUUAUUUUACAAGACAGAUCAUCAAAUCGAAAUGUUCUUUCUUUCUUUCUUUCUUUUGCUCUCUCUUUUUUUUUCUCUCUCUCUCUAGCCAGGGCAUGAUGGGGGACUGGUGGAAGGGAUCUAUACAGGAUCCAGGAGUGAUAUUCACAAAAAAAUAUUUUUUAAAUUACUUCUGUGCCAAAACAUCUUUUGCGAACACUCAACACACACACACAAACACACACACACAAACACACACACACACACACACACACACACACACACACGUUUCUAAAACAAAAUUUGUUCAGAACCUAUUUUCAUAUGUGACUUUGUAUUUUGCCACUCAGAGGGCAGACUUGAUUCCUUUUCCUUUUUCUUUUUUUUUUGGUAUUGCUCAUCAACCCAACUCUGUUACUACAGUGAUUUUAUAUUUUGAAAUUGUAUCCUCGUUUCGAAGGAACCAUUGUAUUGUAUUGUAGGGGUUGCAUCUUCCGUUUGUAUUCCUAUUUUCCUUCUCUGCGAUGUGGUCCUCUACCGCCCCCUGCUGUCUGGAAAUCAUUCUGCACCCUGAGGUCAUUUAAGCCAUGACUUCAUGACAGAUUUGCUAUAUAGCAUGCUUUAUUUUCAAAUCAUGGUAAAAAUCAUUAAGGCAAAGAAUGUGACUUGAACUUGACAUCAUGCCGCUAUUGGAUGUGUUGAUCCUCUGCCUCCAUCCCUUCCCUGAACUGUCUCCUGGAGCCGAAGUUGUAAAUACUGAUGUCCUUAAAUCUGUGCUCUUGUGUAAUUUUCCCCUUUUUAUAUUUGUCUUUCUUCAGGGUCCUUAUUUUUGUUUUGUGCAACAAAACAAAGCAGUCUGAAAGAGACGGGAAAGGAGGAGUGUGAAAACCGAUGCUGAAAGUAAAAACCACGCUUGCCAGUUUUGUGGUGUAAAUAUUUCUAUGACUGCAAGCUGUAUACUCUCAUGGUUAUGUUGAAGGCACUUAUAAUUUUUGAUAAACAAAUGAAAAGGAAAAAAAAAAACUUAAAACGGUGAUUAAUAGGAAAACUGUCUUUUGAUCAAUCUUCAUUUUGAGUGUAUUUUUUGCUGUUCCUCCAUGAGGACAUUUUAAACUGUAAAAUAAAUUGUUGUUUAACUUACUUCUGAAGAUCAUUAAAUGGUCAGUCACUCUG